ACCGGCCGUUCCGGGCCUCGGACUUUCUCUCCUAGAACCAUGGCCCAGUUCCUCCGUAACUUGGUGGCGAAGGCCCCGGGGAUGGUAAAUGCUGCUGCGACUUACUCGAAGCCUCGAUUGGCCACAUUUUGGCACUAUGCCAGGGUGGAGCUGGUUCCUCCAACCCCUGUGGAGAUCCCUGCAGCUAUUCAGAGCCUGAAAAAAGCAGUCCAUAGUGCUAAGACUGGUUGCGACAAACAGCUCACGGUUAAGGAAGCUCUGCUGAAUGGUUUGGUGGCCACUGAGGUGUGGAUGUGGUUUUAUAUAGGCAAGAUCAUAGGCAAGCAAGGCAUCAUUGGCUAUGAUGUUUGA